UCAGAGAAGAGCUGUGGCGCUCCUACAGAAGUGGAGUUUGGUCAAUAUGGGGACACCACGGCUGAGUUUGGUGAUACAGUUAAAUACGAGUGUAAAAAGGGUUACAACUUAGUUGGAAAUUCAGUUUUAAGGUGUGAAGACCAGGGAUGGGCAGGCAGAGAACCGACUUGUGAAGUGAUUCGGUGUGUUACACCAGAUGGAGUUGUAAAUGGUACAUUUACACCACUGGAAGAAAUCUAUGAAUACAACAGUGUUGUGAAGUAUGACUGCAACAAAGAUGUUGUGCGCAAUGGAUCAAGUGAGUUAGUCUGCUCUGAAGAUGGGAAAUUCCAUCCUGACCCUCCAACCUGUGUCUGGGUCGAAUGUAGGGAUCCUGUAAUUACACAUGCUGUCUACGAACGAGGUUCUCGUCCUCCACACAGAUACAAGGCCAGCGUGACAUACAGCUGUGAAAAGGGAUACAAUUUACAAGGAUCGUCUACCAUAACCUGCACCAUAGACAGUCAGUGGUCUCCAGCGUUACCAAGCUGCAUAAGGGAGGAUGUCCAAACCUGUGACUGA